UAGAGGUUCCUAAUCAAUGCUGGAUAUUAUUUUUUUAUUUUAUUUAAUUGAUUAAGAAAAAUUUUCCAUGGUUACAUGAUUCAUGUUCUUUCCCUCCCCUCUUCCAACCCCUCUCCAGUUACCAAGGCUCAGUUCCACUAGGUUUUACAUGUAUCAUUGAUCAAGACCUAUUUCCUUAUUAUUGAUAUUUGCACUAGGAUGAUUGUUUAGAGUCCACAUCCCCAAUCAUAUCUCCUUCAACUCAUGUGAUCAAGCAGUUGUUUUUCUUCUGUGUUUCUGCUCCCAUGGUUCUUUCUCUGAAUGUGGAUAGUGCUCUUUCUCGUAGAUCCCUCAGAAUUGUUCUGGAUCAUUGCACUGCUAAUGCUGAAUAUUCUUGAUAAUAAACCCUCACAAUGGUAGCCCAGCUUUUAUUUGUAUAUUUUUGCUGUGAAGUGAUUCAUUGCUUCACCAAGCAGCUCUUCUCAGGGGCACCUAAUUUAAGUAACUUCUCUGCCUGGGCCAAGUUGAGAGUUAUUCAAUUACCCCAACUGAGAAAACAGCGCACUUCUUUGAAAGGCUACUUAUUGGGCUUUCUAACCAAAUGAUUCUUGUUCUUUCUACUCUUCUCUUCAGAGUACGUUUCACAAUUUAAUGGGAACAGGUAACCAGACAUGGGUGAGUUCAUUUAUUCUCCUGGGUCUGUCUAGUGACUGGAAGACUCAGGUCUUGCUCUUUGUCCUGUUCCUGGCAAUGUACCUGGUGACUGUGCUUGGGAAUAUCCUUAUCAUCAUUCUGAUCUGCCUCGACAGUCACCUCCACACACCAAUGUAUUUCUUUCUCACUAAUCUCUCUCUCGUGGAUGUUUCUUAUGCGACCACCAUUGUCCCCCAAUUAUUGGUUCAUUUCCUGGAAGAAGAGAAAUUAAUUCCAUACCUGAGUUGUGCCACACAAUUAUUUUUCUCCCUGGGACUAGGCGGGAUUGAAUUUGUUUUACUGGCAACCAUGGCUUACGACCGCUACGUGGCCGUUUGCAACCCUUUGCGCUAUUCGGCCAUCAUGCAUGGCGGGCUUUGUGUCAGGCUGGUGACUGCCUCCUGGGUUGGUGGUUCCCUGAACUCUCUCAUGCAGACAGCCAUCACUUUUCAGCUCCCCAUGUGCACAAACCGUGUCAUUGACCACAUAUCAUGUGAACUCUUAGCUUUAGUCCGCUUGGCCUGUGUGGACACCUCCUCCAAUGAGGUUGCAAUUAUGGCCUCCAGCAUUGUUUUGCUUAUGACUCCAUUCUUGCUGGUUCUGCUGUCCUAUAUCAAGAUCAUCUCUACUAUACUGAAGAUCCAGUCCACAGAGGGAAGGAAGAAAGCCUUUCAGACCUGUGCCUCCCACUUGACAGUGGUGGCUUUGUGCUAUGGGAUGGCCAUUUUCACAUACAUUCAGCCCCACUCAAGCCCCAAUAUCCUUCAGGAGAAGAUGAUCUCGCUGUUCUAUGCUCUCUUAACACCCAUGCUGAACCCUCUGAUUUACAGUGUGAGGAAUAAGGAAGUGAAGGGAGCUUGGCAGAAACUGUUAGGACAGUUCUAUGAAUUAAAGUCAAAGCUGACAUCCUCAUGAGCCACCAGGAAAGGCCAGUGUCUUGUGUGACUCCCACCCAGACCUGAGUAUAAAUGACGAAAGCUACUCACAUCUCUCUCCUCUCCCUUUUGAGAGAUAGGAGAAUUCUUCCUGUCCCUCUUUAUUUUCAGCUUCCUUUUGUGUUUUGUCUUCCCCCAAUGGAUUGUAAGCUCUUCAAGGGCAAGGAAUGCCUUUUAUUUUUGUAUUUAUAGACCUGAUGCCUAGCACAGUGCCUGGCACAGUAGUGGGAGCUUAACAAGUGUUUAUUG